AAUCACACCACCAAUGCACCUGAUGGACUUCUGCUCAAUGCCCGUGCAAUACGAGUGCGUGGUAGCACCUAUACCCACACCUUAUGGGCCUCCGUCUGACACCUCUCAAAUGGGUGCGUCAGCCACCACCUUCGUUUCCACCUCCAAAUCCUGUGGUAGGGCCAGCACACAACACACGCUCCAAGCGGGCUUCCAUGGGGUCGUACAUGCGACCCCAGUGCUAUGUCUGUGGCAAGAAGUUCGAGCACCCCGUGCACCUGCGUAGACACAUGGAGCUCCAUGCCCCAUUCACGGGGGAUGGCCAGUCAAUGGCCUCCGGAGACGGACGACAAGAUUCCACCGCUGCCGCUGCUGCCCGACGCACCACCUCCACCCCCACCACGAGCGCCAUCUCGUCGGAGCUCAUCAGGCCGGGGCUCCCAUCAGGGAACACUGCACUCCUGCUACAUAUGCACCAAGAAGUUUAAACAGGUGGGCCACCUGAACAACCACGUGCGACUCCACACGGGCGAGAAGCCCUAUGAGUGCCAGGUGUGCAAGAAGAAGUUCACGCAGAGCGGCCACCUGUUGAGUCACACACGCAUGCACACUAAUCAGAGGCCGUAUGAGUGCAAGUACUGCAACAAGAGCUUCACCCAGAGCGGCCACCUGAACAACCACGAGAGGCUGCACUCGGGCGAGCGGCCCUACCAGUGCACCGUCUGCUCCAAGCGGUUCACCCAGAGUGGCCACCUGUCCAACCACAUGCGCCUCCACUCGGGUGAACGCCCUUUCGAGUGCCAGGUGUGCACCAAGACCUUCACUCAGAGUGGGCACCUGAACAACCACAUGCGCCUUCACACUGGUGGACGCCCGCACGCAUGCCCGGUGUGCCAGAAGCGCUUCACCCAGACGGGCCACCUGAGCAACCACAUGCGCAUGCACACGGGCGAGCGCCCUUAUGACUGCCUCAUUUGUGACAAGGCCUUCGCUCAGAGUGGACACUUGGCCAGCCACCUGCGCUCGCACCAAGGUCUCACCCUCGGUGCAUCGAGCACAUCCUGCACGGGACGACUAGGCGGCAUUCCACCUCCGCCGCGGCCAGCACCGCACAUAAUCAAGUUGACUCCAGCCGGUCAGGAAGAGGAACAAGAACAACAGGAUGAGAAAAAAAAACCCAAAGAAGAGCAACAAGAAGAGCAACCGCAGCAGAUGUUGCCAGAUUUGUCGAAAAAUGAGCCUUCAGACGACACCCAGCACAGCGGAGGUUGGAACCCCAGCGGACGGAGUACAGGCAUACAGAUGGCCUGCAGGGCUUCAGUGGCACUGCCGCAGGAGAGCAUGCCAAUUUUAGAGCCAGCAUUGGCUUCCAUGAUUGAUAAGCAGCAGGCCGGGAUGCCAAGUAACGUGCCGAACGACGUGGUGGUGGUGGAAACGCAUGCCAGUUUGCCACACAAGAUGCAAGUCGAGGCUCCCAAGGUUCCCCGCCAACACGGCAGGCUGGCCAUGCAGCCUCGAGAAGUCGCAAACAUGCAAGCGCGCAUGGAAAUGGCCAUGCGUGCAAACAUCCCAGCUGAAAUGCAGAACAGAGUGCAGGCGGAGUUGGACCCGCACCUAGGUUGCCCACUAGACCUGACACAAGACCUGAGGUACCACUUAGAGUCUGAUCCGCCUCUCUACCCACGAUACAACUCGGACACAGACAGUGACGACAGUGACGACAGCGUCACGGUGACAGAUCCACAGACCCUCUACGACAUGAUGAGCAUGUCUAGCACCAGCCUAGGAACUUGA